CAGCUGCCUUGACUCUGGUGUCUUGGCUACCGCUGCAAAGGACACAAUGCUUUUCCGUAAUGAGGAGGACCUUUCGGUGUGUCUGAGCUGAAAACAGAUGCGGCAGCCUCGCUGGAGGACACAGAUGUCAAGCAAAACGCGGAAAUUGUGUCCGAGAUAAGCACACCAGUCCCCGCCGGGCGGACCAUGGGACCGCCGGGGCUGCUGCUCGGACUGCUGUGGCUCCGCUCCGCUCUGCUCUGUGCAGGCUGCAGUGAGCGAGUGGAGGUCCACUCAGAGCGGAGGGGUGUGAUCUACAGCCCGUCCUGGCCUUUAAACUACCCUGCUAGAGUCAACUGCAGCUGGCAUAUCCAGGGGGGUCAGGGCGAGGUCAUCACCAUCAGUUUCCGGAACUUUGACGUGGCCGAGGCGGGAAGAUGUUUGGGAGACUGGCUCCUGCUGACUCCUACGAAGACCGGGGACUCCAGGCUGUGUGGCUCCAUGCUGCCUCCACCCUUCAUCUCCACCAGGGGGCGCGUCUGGCUCUAUUUCCACUCUCAGGCUAACAGCUCAGGGCAGUCCCAGGGGUUUCGCCUCUCCUACAUCAGAGGUCACCUGGGUCAGAGCAGCUGUCAGUCAGAUGAGUUCCUGUGUGGGAACGGGAAGUGUCUACCUCGCUCCUGGAAGUGCAACGGUCAGGAUGAAUGUGGCGAUGCGUCAGAUGAACGCAGCUGUUCCCCCCCUCCCACGGAGGCGCGGCCUGGCCUCUGCCCCCCCGGCUCCAUCCCGUGCACCGAGGCCCAGUCCACCCGCUGUCUGCCCCCCGCCCUGCGCUGCAACGGGGCCCGGGACUGUCCCGAUGGCACAGACGAGCACGGCUGCCCCGACACCACCUGCGGAAAACGUCUGAGGAACUUCUACGGCUCCUUUGCCUCCCCAGACUUUUUCCGGGCCAACAGGAGCUCUGUGGCUGAGUUGAGGUGUUCGUGGUGGCUGGACACCCAGGACCCCAAGCCCAUCGUGCUGCAGCUGGACCUGCAGCUGGGCCCCGGGGACUCGCUGCAUGUGUACGACGGCCUGCUGCAGCGCACAGAGCACCUCCUGCAGGUGCUGUCUCAUCACAACAACCGGCGCCCGGCACUGCUAGAGUCCAGCCGGGGACAGAUGAGUGUUCUGUACAUGGCCCAGCCUCACAGCCCAGGACAUGGAUUCAACGCCACAUACCAGGUCAAAGGUUACUGUUUUCCCGGCGAGCGUCCCUGUGGCAGCGAUCAGGGCUGCUACUCUGAGCGCCAACACUGCGACGGCUACUGGCACUGCCCAUCAGGCCGCGACGAGGAGGCCUGCCCGACCUGCCCCGACGGAGAGUUCCCCUGCGAGGGAGGAACUGGGGUCUGCUACCCAGCCUCUGAGCGCUGCAACAACCAGAAGAGGUGUCCAGAUGGGUCUGACGAGAAUAACUGCUACAACUGCCAACCUGGAAACUUCCACUGUGGGACCAACCUGUGCAUCUUCGAGACGUGGCGUUGUGACGGCCAGGAGGACUGCUUGGACGGCAGCGAUGAGAGGGACUGUCUGGCAGCCGUGCCCAGGAAGGUGAUCACAGCUGCCCUGAUCGGGAGCCUCGUCUGCAGCCUCCUGCUGGUCAUCGCCCUCGGCUGUGCCCUCAAACUCCACUCCCUCAGGAGCAGAGAGUACAGAGCUUUUGAGACUCAGAUGACUCGCAUGGAGGCCGAUUUUGUUCAGAGAGAGGCCCCCCCUUCGUAUGGCCAGUUAAUCGCCCAGGGUCUCAUCCCUCCGGUGGAGGAUUUCCCCGUGUACAACCCCACCCAGGCGUCCGUGUUACAGAACCUGCGGCUGGCGAUGCGCAGGCAGAUCAGACGUCACUCCACGCGGCGCUCCACCUCCUCUUCCUCUCGCCGAUGUCUCGGACAUCUAUGGACUCGCCUGUUCCGCAGUGGGGGGCGAACCAGAGGGAAUGCCCCUCUGCUGGACUCCCCUGGACCCACACAGAUCACACUGGGGCUCCACAGCUACCAAACUGUGGGUGUGCAGUUGCCCAGGAGCUGGGCUGUGGGACAGGCUCGAUGGGAACAGGUCGAUGCAGUGGGGUCCCGGCGGUCUGCAACCAGGACCCUGCAGUCCUGCACGUCAGAGAGCCCCGCAUCACCUCUGUCCUUGCAGUCUGCAGACAGCCCAGAGGACAUGCUGUCACCAGUCAGCAGGGAGAGCAGCAGGGGUCCACAGUCGGAGCCCCCCACACCUAUCCAGAGGGACUCUCUAACUCAUUGCGGGUGCCCCACAGAUCCCCAGGAAGCCUCUGUGCCUCCAUGCAACAUCCGCACAUCGAGGAAACUUGUUCUGGAGCUCGCUGUUAACCUGAAUGGUGUUUCCUUGAGACGAUACUCCCCCUUGGGGCCCUUGUCCCCUAUCUCACCCCCUGUGUUUUCUAGCAGAUCCCAGACCGCCACAACAACUCACCCUAACCCCCAGGUACCAGAGGUGACGUCACCCUCUGAACCCUUGUCUACUUCUGUGAAAGCAGAGGACAGCCACUUUACUGUGGAAGUGCCAAGCAGGGAAAUAAGGAGCAGGGAUAAGAGGAGGAGUAGAGAGGGCAAGGGCAGGACCUUUAGUGAUGAGGGAGGAGAUUCAGGGAGGGAAACAACGCCAUGCUGAGGAGUUAGGGAGGUACCCUCCUUCCACUCUCUCGGCUGAGACCUGCUCUCAUCAAUCUGCUAAAGUCUCCUUGAGAUGAGUUCCUAUCAGAUCCAGAGGUGAGACCUGUACCUUAGCCCAAUUCAGUAAAAUAUAAUUAACUUGUGUCUAUUCACUUUAAAAAUCUGCAUAUGCAGUGUUUUAGUAAGAUUAUUAACCAGCGUUAGUAGUGCUUAUGGUCUUUGUUGUGCAGUUUAUGUUUUUGUCAAGGAGCUUAAAGGGAUAGUUUGGAUGUUUUGAAAUAGGGCUGUUUUAGGUACUUGAUUUUGAGUGUAUAAUCUUUUGAAGUUGGUGGAUGUCUAUCUUAAAAGUCCAUCCUAAAAUAAUCUGGGGGUUCCUGAGGUUGUUAUCCCUGCUAUCUUCAAAGCCACCAUACUCCAUUGACCAAAACGGUAUUCUUUACCUUGUAGAACACGUAAGCUGCUAUUGUGCUGUUAUCUCGAUAGGUCAGAUUCACCAAAGUCACACAAUAACACACAACGACUAAGUGAUCGGGAGAGUGGAAGACCAGCAACUUUAUUUCUCUAUGAGCAAAAUAUCAGUUUCUGUCAAUGGAGUCUGGUGGUUUGAGUUAUUUGUCGAAAAAGGAAAACAUUCUAAAUAUUGGUUAGACUUAAACUGAUAUUGAAUGUAUUUGAUGGUUUAUUUUUUAGGUGGUUAAAUAUAACUAAUCAACCUCAAAAUCCCAACUAAUGUCGAUUCCCUUGUGGGACAUAACCUCGUCAGGAGCCUGUUCCCGACAAAUCGAAACUCUAUUCUGGCCACCAGUACCAAUUGAAUAUUAGCUACAUGUUCUUACAACGCCAAAGCAGCCUUUGUGUCGUUACCCAGAGCCAUUUUGCACCGCUAUAUACUGUGAACCAAAAAAGCCUGUUAAGUGAUCACAAAUGAAUUUUCCUUGCUUCAUGGUCUUAUUCCCACUUUAAUGUAGAGGUAGUGUUAUUAUUAGAAGUUCACGGUAGGCUGUUGCAUAUCAGGUGAAAGCUGGUGAUAUUGUCCGUUUUUCGUAUAUUCGAUAAAUCAAAUGAAAGACCAAUAUGACCACGUCCAUUUCUAAAUGCUUUAUGACUUCACCAGACCUUUGUGGAUACUUAUGUUUUAAAAUGCUAAAUCGUUUUCUUAAACGUUUUCAGGAAAAAUCGCAUUUGUUUGAGACUAAUUUGGGCUGCAAUAGUGUUGCUCAUUUAUGUGUUUUAGAUAGACUACUACGAAGCUCUUUGACACCGAGGAACACGCUUUUAUACUUGUUAGUAUACACUUGUUAGUAUAAUAUACAUUGAGUAUAUUGGUCUUUUCACAGGAUUGUUGACAAUACAAAAAAUAAAAAAAUAAAGCCAGACCUUUCACUUCCAUAGGCAAGGAUGAACAUUUUUGGAAAUGUGUUUAUUUGCUUUCUAUUGGAGAGUUGGAUGAGUAGAUAGAAACCACUCUCAUGCCUGUCCGUAAAACAUAAGGCUACAUCUAGCAGUUGGUUAGCUUAGCCUAGUUUAACAGAAUAAUUCAAUCAUGCCAAAUCUUUGUCCGUUUUAAUUUAACAUAUGCUGUACAUUUCUUCAGUUAUACUUCAUUUACCCUCUUCGAACUUAAACAAUUGUUUCACUACGUUUAAGAAAAUGUUAUCAAACUGAUUUUUCAAUUUAGAUUUGUCAAUUAAGCCUUUUCAACUUGACAUAAUCUGUUUUGAAACCAAACUUGAAUGGAAACUGAGGUAAAGAGUCCAAGAACCUGUAACUCUGCUCACCCCUCACCCUCCUCUAAUCAAACAUACACUCCUCUCAAGGAAGCCUUUCCGCACUUGAAUGAACGUGACUGUUUCGGAGGCAGUGUCUACGAUUUUAUGUGAAUGUGCCGGGAACAUUAGCUUGACUUCAGAAAAUGUAUUGUUUGUCGAGUCGUCUUCAUCCCAGCGGUACCUCUGCAGCACUGCAGACCGGCUGACUGCUGACGCCUGCUUUAUUACACUGGAAAUUCAUAUCUAUGCUGUGGACAUUUCUAUGACAGGAUGUGAUAAAAGGCUUCUAUUUUUCAGUCUUCGAUGAGGACCUCUAUUCCUACUUUAUAUUUCUCUUUCUGUCUUGACAAACAUUGAACUUGAUUGGACAUGAUCGCUUGAUGUUUUUCUGUGAAUCUUCUCUGAGGUGACCCUGGUGACGUUUACUAAUUACUGUUGCGCCUCUAAAGAAUAUCACUUCCAUUGUUUCUUGAAAUGCAUUUAUCUCUCUUUUACUGCAGGAUAUUGCUACUGAACAGGUACUGAACAAGUCAGAUAACUUGUGUGAAGAGGCAGAGUUAGAGAAAUGACAGAAAGCCAAAUGCUGGUUGUUUUUAAAGCAGCACUGUCAGGGUUCCGUACUAAAAAGCAUUGUCUUAAAAGUUGUUUUUUUUACUUUAAAGAGAUAGUUUGGAUGUUUUGACGUGGAGUUACAUGAAGUUCUUAUCCAUAGUGAUUGUAUUGCCUCGAUCGAUGAGUUUGUUUUGUUAUGCAAAUUAGGGGAGAUUUGAACGAGCCUUUUAAAACACCAAAGUACGCAAUUUACAAACUAAAGAUAAAUGACUCGUACAACUCCACCAAAAAAUCUAAGCUGUCCCUUUAAGUGACUGAAUGUGCCAUGCUACCCCAUGUCCGUCCAUCUUAAAGAGAUUAUUUUUCAUAAACAGCUGCUAAAUGUUAUGUGCCAUUAGAGAUGUCUCCAUAAGUAAUUCCUAGCCUUCCUAGCUUUACAUAUUUUUUGCAUAUUUCAUUUUAUACCUUGUUCAAAGUUUAAGGUCUGAUCUUUCUCCUUUUACUUAAUGUUUAUUAGUUUAGAAAAAGUUACACAUCUGCAUAAUGUAUGUCCUGAGGUGUACAGAAAUGUAUUUAAAAAAAUGCCUUAAUGGUUUUUCCCCGCUGUUGUAAAUAUCACCGAUAGUUUCAUGGCUCACAUUUGUGGUUGUCAUGUAUGAAGGGAUUAGAUGUGUCUGGACACAGCGUUAUGAUAUGACAUGUGAUUGCUACAACCGACUGCUCUGAAGUUGUAGUGCACUACUGCAUCAGGGAUUAUUAUGGCAGGGAAGUCAGGGGAGAAGAAAAUGUUGCUUUUCAAAAACCCUAUUCCACUGUAUUUACCUGUUUAUUUAAAUCUUAAUCUGUGAAAGUCUUGGUUAAAUUAUCUUUCUUUGAUAUUUUUCAGACUGCAGAAAACCAGUUAUAAAGAUUAGUGUGCCAACAUAUUACUAUUUGAAAUGUAAAGAAAGAUUGAUUGUGUCACAGUGACAGUUUAGAGAAUAUCUUAUUAUCUGUCAGAUCAAUGCUAUGUCUCGAUUUGCAUACUUCUGUACUUCAUUUUACUAUUUAGAGUUCAUAAGUGUGUCUCAAAAAGUAUUGCAAAAUCCACACUCUAUGACGUCCAUUUUAGCUGGGUAACAGACAUUUCAGGAACAGCCGUAAUUGUUUUUGCUCUGAUUAAUGAAGCACUAUACAAAUAAAAGUUAAUUAUUGGGUUUUCUUCACAA